UGCAGGUGGUGUUUUCUUUCACUUCGAUUUCAGUGAUUUCAGAAACUCUGCGGUAGUUUUUGGAUGGGGUUGUGUUUUAAUUCAAUCUGAAGAGUCUGAAGUGUAAUGAUGACUGAUUCAUGGAAUUUGAAACUACUCAUUUUCUGCUAUAUAUUUCUUGAAUUUUGCAUGAUUAGUACUUCUGAGCAAAGUGAUCCAUUUUUAGACAGGCCUCGGAUCGUCGUACAAGAUGGAAAUCUCAUCUUCAAAAGUGCACUUAAUAAAAAUGUUAGUUUUUCACCAUCCGGUCAAGGUAUUGUUCAGAUUAAUAACGUAGAUUUGUCAAGAUUGGCGUCAGCAGCGAAAACAGUUGGUUCGUCACAAGAAUCAAGUUAUGCUUCGUUGAUCAGGAAGUAUGCAGAGCAAAGUGAGACAUUAGAGAGUUUGACAGAGCAAGUAAAUCAAAUGGAAGAAAAUAUUACUUUAAUUUAUAAUAGAGUUAAUAAGUUCUUGGGUUCCGGUUCUGACAGAAUAUCGAACAGAGCUUUGCGUAGAGCCAUGGCGAAGGUUGGAGUAUUAACUGAAAAAGUAAACACACUAACUCAGUUACUGACUCAAAAUGAAUGCAUCAGCAAUCCAUGCCGUAACGGAGGAACUUGUGUGGACGCUUACAAUGGCUUCAUUUGUAAUUGCCCGUCUAACUGGGAAGGUGUAACUUGCGAAACUGACGUCAACGAAUGUGCUGUUUUUGCUGGGACAAGUUUUGGUUGUCAAAACGGUGCUACCUGCAUCAAUUCACACGGUGGUUAUAGUUGCGUGUGCCCACCCAACUUCCAUGGUAUCGAUUGUACUGAAAAGCAUGAUGAUUGCGGAAGCGCUUCCCAUUACGAACUCUGUGGUCAUGGAACGUGCGUCGACGAAAAACGUAUUCAACCUGGACAGCCAAAAUAUCGUUGUAUCUGUGAUGCUGGUUGGAAGAUUCCAAAUGGUGGCCUGGCUUGCACCGAAGACAUUGAUGAAUGCAGUGGUGCAGAUAGGAAAUGUUCACAAAAUCCAUUAGUCACUUGUAUUAAUACACAAGGAAGUUUCCAUUGCGGUCCUUGUCCUGCAGGAUUUACUGGAAACGGAUAUCAUUGUAAUGAUAUUAAUGAGUGUGAUAUGUACAAUGGUGGGUGUUCCAUGCAUCCCUUUGUUCAAUGUAUUAAUACACAUGGAUCUUCGCAAUGUGGUUCGUGUCCAACAGGGUAUGUUGGAAAUGGAAGACAAUGUACAUUUAGUGGCGUUUGUAGUAUUAACAGAGGAGGAUGUCAUCCAAAUGCGACAUGCAUAGAAAACACAGCUAUAACCGGAACAUACAGAGAAUGUAGGUGUCCUCCAGGGUAUGGAGGAGACGGUGUUGGGUUGCAUGGCUGUUAUCCAUUAUCUGGAAUGAGUUGUGCUAACAAUCCGUGUCAGCAAGGUACUUGUCAGAUGACGUCCAAUUCCUUUCACUGCCUUUGCUUCGCUGGUUGGUACGGUACACUCUGCGAUCGACAAGAAGAUCCUUGUUUCAGUCAGCCUUGUCAAAAUGGCGGAACUUGCAUCCGCAGAGCUGGAUCAUAUAUCUGUAAUUGUACGGAAGGAUAUCAAGGACCCACUUGUGCUGAAACUAGAGAAAGAUGUGGAGGAUACCUCAGUGGAAGUAACGGAACCUUAACCUAUCCUGAAAAUGGUGUCCACUAUAACCAUAAACAAGACUGUGCUUGGGUGAUUAGAGUAUCAUCUGGGAAGGUUGUGAACGUCAAAGUCAAUCACUUCAGCUUAGAGUCCGGUGAGAAUUGUCAGUAUGACUUUCUUCAACUGAACGAUGGACCAACAGCUGCAUCUCGAGUCAUUAAUCGAUUUUGUGAUGACCACUUGGAUGGAAAAAACUUCACGAGUAGUCACAACGAGCUCUACAUGUGGUUCCAUUCCGAUUCCAGCUAUGCUUCGACCGGAUUCUCUAUGGAAUGGAGCGAAGUUGAUCCAGUUUGUGGGGCUGAACUAAAUGUAUCGGAGUAUGGCUCCAUAAAUUCUCCAGGAUAUCCAGGUCCUUAUCCUCAUAAUAGGACGUGUCUUUGGUUGGUAAAAGUGCCAGUUGGAAAAAGAAUACAGUUCCAUGUUUGUGGGGCUGAACUAAAUGUAUCGGAGUAUGGCUCCAUAAAUUCUCCAGGAUAUCCAGGUCCUUAUCCUCAUAAUAGGACGUGUCUUUGGUUAGUAAAAGUGCCAGUUGGAAAAAGAAUACAGUUCCAUUUUGCGACCCUUAAGUUGGAGAGUCAUGAAAAUUGCUCGUACGAUUAUUUAAAGAUUUUCGAUGGUGCUUCAGAAAGAGACCCAUUGAUAGGUACAUAUUGCACAACAGUCACACCUCCACCACUGACAACAUCUGGACACGCAGCAACCCUACUUUUCCACUCUGAUCAUUCCGUUCAGGAUACAGGAUUCCAUAUUGUCUAUUCAUCACAGUCAAACGUUCAAGGAUGUGGUGGAACAUUAACAGCUCCUACUGGAAAUUUACGCUCUCCCAACUUUCCAGAUGUUUACGAGAAUAAUUUAGUUUGCGAAUGGUUAAUACGCAUUCAUCCAGAUAACAGACUUUUGCUCAAAUUUACGGAUUUUCACACUGAAAGUCACAAUGAAUGCAACUUUGAUGCUGUGGAGGUUUUUGCUGGUACAAAUGACGCUGCGCCUCUUAUUGGUCGCUACUGUGGCACCACCAUUCCAGAGGAAAUUUUCUCUGACAGUCAUCAAUUAUUCAUCAGGUUUAGAACUGAUACUUCUCUAAGAUAUAAAGGAUUCAGAGCUGAAUAUAAAACAAUUUGUGGUGGUGUUUAUACCGAAGCUACUGGCAUACUCAAAAGUCCAUUUUUUCCCGACUAUUAUCCAGCUCGAGCUCUAUGCUUAUACGAAAUCCGAUUGAGUCCCGGCUACCUCAUCAAUGUCACCUUCCAUAAUAUGGAAAUAGAAAGUCAUCUUGAUUGUCGCUUUGACUAUCUACAGGUGCGAGACGGCGAGAAAGAAGACAGUCCCCUGAUAGGUCAACUAUGUGGAAGCCUUGUUCCAGAACCCAUAAUAUCAACGUUUAAUUUCUUAUGGAUGAAAUUCGAAUCUGAUGGUAGUGUUCAAAACCGAGGAUUUUACGCAGUUUACAAUGCUAUAGAAAUUGGCUGCGGGGGUGUAAUGACGGAAACAAGUGGUCAAAUUUCCUCACCAAGACAUCCAGAUGCUUAUCCGCAUAAAACAACUUGCACUUGGUUGCUGAAAGCUACGCCUGGACACGUGAUUCGUCUUACAUUUACUUCUUUCAACCUAGAAAUGGACACUGAUUGUAGAUUCGAUUACGUUCUAGUGGAAGACACUAGUUCAAUCCAAAUUGGGAAAUACUGUGGUAACCGCCGACCUCCAAUCUUAACUUCAAUGGAUGAAACUCUCUUGGUGAAAUUCGUAACAGAUGCUAGCGUUGCUAGAGAUGGUUUCACUGCUACUUAUGAAUUUUUAAACACAGAGGAAGAAUGUGGAGGUGAUUUCUAUCAAAGUUCAGGAGUUAUUCGAUCACCUGGAUUCCCGAACCGUUACCCCCACAGUGCUCACUGUGUAUGGAUUCUUCACGCUCCUAACCAAAGACAAAUCAGCCUCAAUGUCACCAGUUUUGUGGUUGAACAACAUGCUGGCUGCCGGUAUGACUAUUUAGAGUUGAGAAAUGGCGCAACUGGAACUUCACCUUUAAUUGGAAGAUACUGCGGAGAGGAGAUUUUGAAAACUGUUCGAUCUCACAGUAACAGUUUACGAAUUGAGUUUAAAUCUGAUUUUUCUAUGUCGGCUCCAGGAUUUGAAAUUUACUUUGAUUCUACUGCAACUGGAUGUGGUGGAAAGCUAACAUCUCCACGUGGCACCAUUAUGUCCCCAAAUUACCCUCAGACUUACCCUAUAAAUGCUAAUUGUGAAUGGCUGAUUCAGGUUUCAGAAGGAUCCGUUAUUUCAUUGCACGUUGUAGACAUUGAUAUUGAAGAACAUCGUGAAUGCAGGUUUGACUACCUUCAGGUGUUCGAUGGAAAUAGCGAAAACUCCAAGUCAUUGAUGCGCAUUUGCAACAACCAACAGAAUCCAGGACCCAUCUCUUCAUCCAGCAACUCACUUCUCGUUAGGUUUCGAUCGGAUGUUUCGCAAGAAGCCGGUGGUUUUCAUUUAGCAUAUGAGACACUAUGCAAUACAGUUCUCAAAAAACGAAGAGGCGUAAUUGAAAGUCCAAACUUUCCUAAUACCUAUCCUCAUAACCAUAACUGUUCCUGGACGAUCGAAGCGCCACCUGGAAAUAAUAUAUCUAUAGUGUUUUCACAUUUUACUUUGGAAGGAAGUGAAGACUGCGAAGCAGAUUACGUAGAGAUUCUAGAAGGUCAGAGUGUGCGUUCACUUGGGAAAUUUUGCGGAGACCAGUCUGAAUUGCCUGGAGUAAUCAAGACCUCCUCCAACAAGGCCAUCGUUAGACUCAUUACAGACCGAUCAAUAAGCAGAGAAGGCUUCAGACUGGAAUAUCACAUGAAAGGUUGUGGAGGAGAUAUAGUGAACAAGAACUCUGGAUCAAUAACGUCGCCUAAUUAUCCUAAUGGAUAUCCUUUCGCAACUGUGUGUAAUUGGCACAUUUCUUAUGCCCCAGGUGAUAGAGUGGAACUCACAAUUCACGAUAUUGAAUUAGAAGCGGACCCUGAAUGCACUUAUGAUUUUGUUCGAGUUUAUGGAGGAGAAGAUGAAAACUCGCCAAGACUCUUAAAUGCAUGUCGUGGAUCAGGUGAUUCUCAAAUUGUGACAAGUCAUGGAAAUAAAAUGACCAUACAGUUUGCAAGUGACCAUUCCAUAGCGCGUAGGGGAUUCCGGGCAACAUAUCGAAGACUACCUCCUAACAUUACUCCUGGUGGUCCAGCAGGCUGUGGUGGACUUUUCAGUUCUGAUGAAGGUACAAUUUUAUCACCAAAUUAUCCUGAGACUUAUAAUGCUAAUGACGAAUGUGUUUGGUUAAUUCGAGUGGAUCCAAAUCAUCUGGUUUUGUUAGAAUUUUAUGACUUCGAUUUGCCUACAGCCGCAAACUGUACAUUAGGAUAUGUAGCUAUAUAUGAUGGGGGUUCAAGCAACUCUGCCCUGCUUCUGAAAGCUUGCGGCCAAAAGCCAGAAGGUGAGAUUGCAUCAACAAGUAAUCAAAUGCUUGUAAGGCUGGUAGCUAAUGGCAAUAACGUGGGCAAAGGAUUCAGAGCUCAUUAUAAAAGAGGUUGUGGUCAACGCCUUCUUGCUGAUAAUGGAGGAGAAAUAACUUCAAUGAAUUAUCCAGAUUUUUCACCAGGAAAUGUGAAUUGCAGCUGGAUAAUUUACACCUCAGAUCCAGGUGAAAAAGUCAUCCUUACUGUGACCAACCAACAGAUUCCUGAAAGAGAUGGAUGUGUCCAUUCUUCAUUGAUCAUUAUGGAUGGUGAUUUACCUGAUUCGCCAGUUCUCAAAGAAAUGUGUGGUUCACGCUCACUUUUGCCAAUAAUUUCUCAGAGCAAUGCUAUGCACGUUUUCAUGAAAAAUUUUGGAAUCUUCAGGGCAACUUAUGGCCUAUCUUCUAUGCAUUGUGGUGGCGCGUUUUCGUCUCUUCAAGGUACAUUUGGUACUCCUGGUUAUCCAAACAACUAUGACAUGACUAUGGAAUGCAUAUGGACCAUUCAAGCGUCAGCUGGCAACAAAGUUCAUUUGUCUUUCGAAGUCUUUAGCAUCGAGGAUAGUGAUUACUGUAAUAAUGACUAUGUUGAAAUUCACGAGAAUGAUGCUGCCGGCCCUCUUAUUGGAAAAUAUUGUGGACACCGAAUCCCUAGCAAUGUCACAGCAGCUAGAAAACUAUGGAUCAAAUUUAGAUCUGAUGACAUCGGCACAGACUCUGGUUUCUUAGCUAACUAUGAAUUAAUCCAUGGCAUUCAGUUGAGUGGAAACGAAGGCAUAAUUGAAUCCCCCGGCUAUCCUGAUAAAAUAAUGACCACAAGAGGCAACGAAUACGACUGGACGAUUUUUGUUGACAGUGGACUCUUUGUCAGCCUACGUUUCCUUGCCAUCGGUAUAGUUAGAAUCACUGAAACGAAUGCUUGCUCCUCAAAAAUAAAAAUUUUUGACGGUUUUGAUGAUACAGCUCCACUGUUAGGAGAGUAUUGUGGCUAUCAAAUUCCUGAACCUUUAGUUUCUACAAGUAACACCAUGUCUAUAAAAUACAGUCCUGCUUACGAUGGCAGUGGGUUUUUCCGUUUGCAGUGGACUGCUGUGUUAGACAGAGGAAUUGUUAUAGAUUUACCAAAUGUACCAGCAGAAAAUCUAUGCUGGGAAGAGCUAGAAAUUGAUGCAUCAGAUCAGACCCCAGUCAGAACUAUAAGCUCUCCCAACUACCCUGAGAAUUAUCCCGAUGAAAUCAACUGCACAUAUAUUAUCCGUGCUCAACAUUUUGAACAUGUGGAAUUAAACAUAUCGGAAUUAGUAUUGGAGGCAGCAGACAGACGGUGUGAAUAUGAUACCCUGGAAAUUUAUUAUUUGACUAAUCCGAAUGUCAACGAAUGGACACUGAAUUCAAGUCUGUGUGGUAGGCACAAUUCUCUCCUAUUUGCAAGUCCGACAAAUGUGAUGAAACUAGUGUUGUUGACUGAUAGGUUUAUGAAUUUCAAAGGAUUCACCUCCACAGCUCACGUCCGUUGUGGAACCCAUUUGUUUGGUGCAACUGGCGUAAUAAAAAGUGAUUACAUCUACACCGGACUAAACAGAUCGCAGCACUUCAAUCCAAUCCAGUGUGAAUACGUCAUUAGAGUGAGGCCAAGGAGAACAGUACAACUCCAUUUCGAUACUUUUAAUGUGCCAUCCGAUUCUGUUUGCAGCUCCAACUAUAUUCUGCUACGCAAUGGUGGAUCAAAUGCAUCUCCUUAUUUGGGUAAUGGUAAAUAUUGUGGCUCUACAGCUCCGCCUAACUUAGAAUCCUCUUCUAAUCAAAUUUAUGUUCAAGUGGUUGUAAAUUCCUUGGCUUCAGGCUCACCGAAUUUCCACAUACGCUAUACGGAGGUAUCCAUAGGAUGUGGCGGACGUGUUUUCCUCACAGAUGAAAUCAGAAAUGUAGACAUUGUCUCUCCCAAUUAUCCUAAUCCACCCACUCAUGAUAUUGAAUGCGAAUGGGUUAUUGUCUCUCCAUCAGGAACAAGAAUGAGAAUGGAUUUCGAAAAUGAAUUUCAUCUAAGUCCGAAUUGCGUCGAAGGAGAUCAAGUUGAGUACGUGGACAUCCACGAUGGAGGUACUGAACUGGCUCCAGUAUUACACAGAUUUUGUGGACACGACCAGCCAUCCAGCGUAAUGAGUACAGGAAAUGCAAUCUUCGUUAGAUAUGUUACUGGAGUUGAUACACCUCAAGCUGGUUUUAAAUCUACAAUUCGUAUAGCUAAUUGUGGAGGUACUAUUUCCUCAAUGAAAUCUGUCAUCACAAGUCCAGGUUAUCCCAUGUCUUACAGGGAUAGCGAAGAAUGCGAAUGGUUCCUUAAAAUGAAAAAUGGCUAUCACAUCGUAUUGAAGCUGGACGACAUGAACACUCCUCGAUCCAACAGGGAAAACUGCACGCUAACAGAUUACUUGGAAAUCAGAAAUUACGACUCUGAAGGGGAACUUCUUGGACUCUUUUGUGGCAACUUAGAUAACGUAAGCACAAUAAUCGAAGUUCCUGGUCCUCAAGCUUAUAUGAAAUUUAAGUCAAAUUCGGCAAACACCGGACGAGGAUUCUCUGUGACAAUGACGUCUGAUUUUAAUGGGUGUGGUGCACGUGUCGAAAACCCAUCUGGCGUGAUCACUUCUCCUAACUAUCCCAAUCUUCUUUCUGGUUCAAGAGAGUGUUAUUGGAGGAUAAUAGCUCCAGAAGGUCGAAAAAUUAAAAUUACUUUCGAUGAGCUCAAUUUACCAAAGGAUGAAGCAACUGGCGUCUGCAUCAGUUACAUAGUGAUGUAUAAUUCAACAAAUUGGAGGACAGGAGGGACUAGUUAUAUUUGUGGGAAUGUAGUGCCAGCUCCGAUUUCGUCCUCAUCUGGAACUUUGGAUAUUAUUCUUUGGACGCAUGGUUUGAAUGCUGGCCAAGGAUUCACGCUCUCUUAUUCUACAGAAGAAGAAAGUGAUUGCGGUGGUGCUUUAUUUCCUCCCACUGGAAUUAUGGCAACUCCUAACUUCACUGUUGAAACACAUACUGUUAUCGAUUGCAAAUGGAAGAUAUACAAUGACCAUUACGAAAACAAAACAGCCGUUAUCCGUUUUGAUGUUCUCGACAUCCCUGGAGAAGUUUCCCAUUAUUGCAGGAACAAUGUUUUUUACGUUCUUGGUGAUUGCGGUGGUGCUUUAUUUCCUCCCACUGGAAUUAUGGCAACUCCAAACUUCACUGUUGAAACACAUACUGUUAUCGAUUGCAAAUGGAAGAUAUACAAUGACCAUUAUGAAAACAAAACAGCCGUUAUACGUUUCGAUGUUCUCGACAUCCCUGGAGAAGUUUCCCACUAUUGCAGGAACAAUGUUUUUUACGUUCUUGGAGAUUGUGGGGGAAGAAUUGUUGCCAACUCGAAUUCAACCAUUUCAUCUCCUGGAUAUCCUAACAAUUAUCCAACUAAUAUGGAUUGUCAAUGGAUUAUUGUGCCUGAUGGAGGUGAAACAGUGGUGGUUUUCUCGGAUUUGAGACUUGAAAACGAUUGUAACAAGGACUAUGUCAUAGUAAGGAAUGGAUAUCAUUUUAAUUCCCCCAUCAUCGGUAAAUUCUGUGGCACCAAUGCUCCUGCCCCAAUUGUCGCGUCUGGUAGUGUUUUGGUGGUCAUCUUUCACUCAGAUGAAUAUGGAACGGCACCAGGCUUCAGUUUGACUACUGGACAAUUUCAAAGUGGUUGCGGCGGAUUGAUACAUUUGACAUCUGGGACAAUAUCUUCUCAAAAUUAUCCGUCUCGUUAUAAGAAUAAUAUAGAAUGCAUAUGGUUCAUAGAAUACGUACCUGGUUAUGUCAUUCACUUGGAGUUUGUGGGAAGAUUUGAAUUGGAAAUGGAUUCAAAUUGUGAGAAAGAUUAUCUUUUGAUUGAAGAAUUCAAGGAUGAUAAUACUUGGACAGUGAGAGAUAAAAAAUGCGGAUCCUCAACUCCUGAGCCUAUCACUCUAAAAUCAAGAAAAGCACGGCUAACUUUCCGCAGCAAUGACAGAAUCACUGGAGACGGUUUUAGUCUGAAAUAUUCUGCAGUUUGUGGAGGAAAUUUCACUCAAUCAAGUGGUGAAAUAUUUUCGCCAAACUAUCCUAAUUCCUAUGCCAAUUCCCUUUCUUGUAUUUACGUUAUUGGGAAAGAAGGACAGUAUAUCUCUUUAUCAUUUGAUGAUUACUUUAGCCUUGAAGUGCAUGACGACUGCUUGUUUGAUAAUGUUAGCAUCGCUCAUGGGGAUGAUACUAAUUUCACUCAGGGACCAUAUUGCGGAAAUCAAGCUCCAGCUCCUCGAAGCUUAGCAGGUCCAGUCAUUUUAAAAUUUCAAACGGACUCCAGCUAUGUUGCUCAUGGAUUCAAAGCAAACUAUAAAAUCCUAGAUUGUGGAGCGACUUUAAGCGAACCGAGUGGAUCUAUCUCAACCCCUAGAAAUUUCAAAGAAUAUCUUCCUACGAUGGACUGCACUUGGCACAUAGUUGCUCAGCCAAAUCAUGUAAUAGCUCUCAGAUUUACUCAUUUUGACAUUAGAGCAACCUAUAAAUGUCUUAUGGAAUACGUGGAAAUCAGAGACGGAAACUCGACGGGCCCACUCAUAGGCAGACUUUGUGGAAAAAAUUCAACAGUAUCGGUAAAAUCGUUGGGAAAUAUGCUGACCAUAAAAUUGUACAUGAAAGCUGAACAUGGGGGAAUUUCCGCACAUUACUACAAUACAUUCGGACCAGAUCAAGGUUGUGGAGGUACCAUAAAUGCAGCAUCUGGCACGAUUCAAUCGUUUGACGUCGAUAACAAUGGACUUUAUGAACCGAAUCUGGAUUGCAAUUGGUUUGUGACAUCCGAUAACCCUGACAAAAUUUUACAGAUAUCAUUCGAGAGAUUUGACAUCGAUGAUUCUUCCGAUGGAUCGUGUGAAUUUGAUUAUUUAGAAUUACGUGAGGACUAUGUACUUGGUAAUUUAAUUGGAAGGUUCUGUGGAUCUAAUUUACCAACAACAAUUGUUACAGCAACUUCUAAAGUAAACAUUCUUUUCCACACUGACGGGGAGAUAAAUAAACCGGGAUUCAAAAUGAACUUUCAGAGCUUGGAUUCUCCAUGUGGCUCAUCAGUCCUGCAGUCUGAACAGGCUCCUAAAUUCUUGAUGUCUCCUAAUUUUCCAAGUCAGUAUCCAGUAAACCUUCAAUGCAAAUGGGUGUUCAUUAGAAAUGAUAGUCAUGUACCGAUUCCAGAAAAAGGAAAUUAUAAAAUGAAAGUUCAUAUUAAGUUCAUAGACUUUGACAUACCUUGUGGUGGUGACUACUUGAAUUUUCAAAUGUAUCCAAGUGAUCGGAGAUUAAGAGACUUUCCUUCCUAUGUAAGUAGAUUUAUUUCAUAAAGAACAUUAUCAGC